AUGGCCGCGAACGGAGAGGAUCUCCGGGGCCGGCUCCUCGGAGUCCGAGACGACGGAGGAACAGUCUGGUGGGACCGGGACGACGACCCUCCGCGAGGCCGCCGGAGCAGCCGCCCGUGGACGGCGCUGGCCAUCGCCGCGGCGCUCCUCGCCCUGGCGGGCGUCGUGCUGUUCCUGAGCUCCGGUAGCGACAGGGCCGCCCGUCGUCCCGGUCCCGGCGUCCCCCGUGGCCCCGCGGGCGCCAGGCGGCGGAGCCGGAGCUCGCCGCACGAGGUGGAGUCCGGCGUGGGCGCGGCGGCGGCGGACGACGCGCGGUGCUCGGAGGUGGGCGCCGCGGCGCUGCGCGCGGGCGGCCACGCGGUGGACGCCGCCGUGGCCGCCGCGCUCUGCCUCGGGGUCGUGCACCCCAUGUCCAGCGGCCUCGGCGGGGGCGCCUUCAUCGUCGUCAGGGACGCCGCCUCCGGCGACGCCGUCGCCUUCGACGCCCGGGAGACCGCGCCGGCCGCCGCCACGCCGGACAUGUACGCCGCAGACCCGACGACAAAGUACAGGGGCGCGCUCGCCAUGGGCGUCCCGGGCGAGCUCGCGGGCCUCCACGCCACGUGGACGCGGUACGGGCGGCUGCCGUGGCGGGACCUCGUGGCGCCGGCGAUCCGCCUGGCCCGGGACGGCUACGAGGUGGUCGCGUACGUGGCCCGCGCGCUCAGGGAGAGCGAGGACGCCGUGCUCGCGGACCCCGGCCUGCGCGCCGUGUUCGCGCCGGCGGGGAAGGUGCUGGCGGCCGGGGAGACGUGCCGCAACCCGGCGCUCGCGGCCACGCUGGAGCGCGUGGCGGAGGAGGGCGCCGCGGCGCUCUACGGUGGCGCCGUCGGGGAGGACUUGGUCCGCGACGUCAGGGCGGCCGGCGGGAUCCUGACGGUGGACGACCUCAGAGGGUACGAGGGGGAGGUGAGCGAAGCCAUGCGCGCCGACGCCAUGGGGUACACCUUCCUCGGCAUGCCGCCGCCGUCCAGCGGCACCGUCGGGAUGGCGCUGAUCCUGAACAUCUUGCGAGGGUACAAAUCGCUCGAGUUCUUGAAGGGGUUCCUUGGCAUCCACCGGAUCAUCGAAUCUAUCAAGCACAUGCUAGCCAUCCGGAUGGACCUCGGCGACCCUGACUUCGUGAACGUGACCGGCGACGUCGCCGCGAUGCUGUCGAGGCCAUUCGCCGACAAAGUCCGGCAAAGGAUCGUUGACAACACGACGUUCCCUCCCGGCUACUACUUCCCCAAAUGGAGGCAGCUGGAUGACCACGGCACCAGCCACCUGUGCGUGGUGGACGGCGACCGGAACGUGGUGGCGAUGACGACGACCGUGAACGACUACUUCGGCGCCAAGGUGCUGUCGCCGUCGACGGGCAUCGUGCUGAACAACGAGAUGGACGACUUCUCCGUCCCAGCGAAGUGGACGCCGGACCACCUCCCGCCCGCGCCGGCCAACUUCAUAGCGCCCGGGAAACGGCCGCUGUCCUCCAUGACGCCGCUGAUCAUACUCAAGAACGGCCAGCUCGCCGGCGUCCUCGGAGGCAGCGGGGGCACGAACAUCAUCGCCACGGUGACCCAGGUGUUCCUGAACCACUUCGUCGUCGGCAUGGACCCUCUGGCCGCCGUGCAGCAGCCCAGGGUGUACCACAAGCUGAUCCCGAACGUGGUGACGUACGAGAACCUGACGGUGCCCGACGGCGAGGUGAUCGCGCUGAGCGGCGCGGCGAGGGCGUUCCUGGAGGAGAGGGGGCACUGGCUGAGGAGCACGGAAUCGGGCGCCGUAUGCCAGUUCAUCGUGCACGAGCUGGCGGAGCCGCCGGCCGCGCCGGGCCACGGCGUCUUCCGCGGGAGGCUCACCGCCGUGAGCGACCCCAGGAAGGGCGGCAGCCCUGCGGGGUUGUGA